GGUGUUUGGGAGCCGGAGGAGAGCCGACCCUUCCAGCGCCGCUCUCCGGGCGAUGCCAGUGUAAAUGCCAGGGCGAUGUCCCGACGCAAGCAGGGGAACCCGCAGCACCUGUCCCGGAGAGAGAUCACGCCGGAGGCUGUGCAUCCAGAUGGCAGCUUGCUCUCUGAGUCCUUACCCGCCCAUCCGCUCAACCUGCCCACCCACCCGCUCUGCCUGCCUCCCCACGCGCUGGACUCCAGCCUGGCUCACGCCCUGCUGCCAGGCCUCCACGCCGAACACGACCUGCUGACAUGCGGCCAGUGUCAGAUGACCUUCCCGCUGGGCGACAUCCUCCUCUUCAUUGAGCACAAGAAGAAGCAGUGCCAGACUCCCCUACUGGCCAAUGGCUGCUAUGACAAGAUGACCGACCGAGGCGGAGGUGGUGGCGGGAGUCCCAGUCUGCAGAGCCUCCACCGUCACGCCUCGAAGGCAGAGCUGAGGAAAGUGAUGGAACCGGUGGAGAUCGGAAUCCAGGUGACGCCGGAGGAGGAGGAUGAGGUGGCACGAGGAGGAAAAGGUGGUGAGAUGGGAGAGAGGACACCCACCAAAGGAAUCUGUCCCAAACAGGAGAACACACCAACAGGUGGCAGAGAUGAGCCUUCCAGCUAUAUAUGUACCACAUGUAAGCAGCCCUUCCCCAGUGCCUGGUUCCUGCUGCAACAUGCCCAGAACACUCAUGGCAUUCGCAUUUACCUGGAGUCCAACCCCUCCAGUACAGCCCUCACCCCUCGUAUCACGAUGCCUCCACCCAUGGGCAAUGACUCUAUCCCACAGUCCUCCCUUACCAGCUUUCUGGGGGACAACAAUCCCUUCCACCUCCUAAGAAUGACAGCCCCUCUGCUACGGGAGCCUCCUCCAGGUUUUGUGGAGAACCGUCUCCCAAACACACCUCCGUUUGUCAGUCCACCUCCCCGCCACCACCUGGAUCCCCAUCGGCUGGAACGCCUCAGUGCAGAGGAAAUGGGCCUCAUCUCCCAGCACCCCAGUGCCUUUGAGAGGGUGAUGCGGCUAACACCCAUGGCUAUGGAGUCCCAGUCCAUGGACUUCUCCAGGCGAUUACGUGAAUUAGCAGGGAAUACCAAUAACACCACACCACCAUUGUCACCCAGCAGGGCCAACCCUAUGCAUCGACUACUAAAUGCCAAUCCUUUCCAACCAGGACCAAAAUCACCUUUUUUGAACACCCCUCCAUUACCACCAAUGCCCCCAAACAGCACCACUCCUCCCCAAACACAGAACAAGAUCAAGUCCUGUGAGUUCUGUGGUAAGACAUUCAAGUUUCAGAGCAACUUGGUGGUGCAUAGGCGCAGCCAUACUGGAGAAAAACCAUACAAGUGCCAGCUGUGUGACCAUGCCUGUUCCCAGGCAAGCAAGCUGAAGCGGCACAUGAAGACCCACAUGCACAAGGCUGGAUCCCUGACAGGACGCUCAGAUGAUGGACUCUCUGCCACAAGCUCUCCAGAGCCAGGCACCAGUGACGUGGCAGGUGAAGGCAUGAAGAAUCGUGAUGGGGACUUCCAGGGUGAAGGCAAUGAGGAUGAAGAAGAGGAGGAAGAGGAGGAAGAGCUUGAGAAUGAAAGUCGACCAGAAUCCAACUUUAGCAUGGAAUCUGAGUUCUACCGGAAUCGAGAAAAUGGUUCUAAACCUCCGUCAGAGGAGAAGCCAUCCCUUGCUAUUGACAAGAUGGUGGAAAGUGGGGGACUCAACUCUAUACAGCAAUUCAAUAAUUUAAUAGUUGACAAUCGUAAAAGGAUACCCUUCUCCAAGAGGAGCUUGGAUAGACAGCGAGAUGCUGGGGAUGAGGACUCAGUGGAGAUUGACCACCACCCACAGGAAGAGAGGACAACCAUUAAUGGCCGGAACUGUGGAUCCGGUGACUCUUUCUCAGGCCUGUUCCCCCGCAAGCCCACUCCUAUCACCAGCCCUAGCCUCUCCAACUCAAACAAGAGGAUCAAGAUUGAAAAGGACUUGGACAUUCCCCCAACACCCCAUAUCCCCUCUGAGAACGUCUAUUCCCAGUGGCUGGUAGGCUAUGCAGCCUCACGCCAUUUCAUCAAAGACCCUUUCUUAGGCUUCACUGACUCCAGACAAUCACCCUUUGCCACCUCCUCUGAGCACUCAUCAGAGAAUGGCAGCCUGCGGUUCUCAACGCCUCCAGGUGAUUUGCUGGAUGGUGGCCUAUCAGGCCGCAGUGGCACCGCUAGUGGUGGCAGCACACCUCACCUUGGCGGAGGCCCCGGUCCAGGUCGACCAAGCUCCAAGGACAGCAGAAGGUGUGACACCUGUGAAUUUUGUGGCAAGGUGUUCAAGAACUGUAGCAACCUGACGGUGCACCGGCGCAGUCACACUGGUGAGAGGCCUUACAAGUGUGAACUGUGUAACUAUGCCUGUGCCCAGAGCUCCAAGCUCACACGUCACAUGAAGACACAUGGCCAGCUUGGUAAGGAGGUCUACCGUUGUGACAUUUGCCAAAUGCCCUUCAGUGUGUACAGCACUCUGGAGAAACAUAUGAAAAAGUGGCAUGGAGAACAUUUGAUGACCAAUGAGGUCAAAAUUGAGCAAGCAGAGAGAGCCUAAUCCAGGUUCCUUAUUUCUGUACUCUGCACCAAACUUUCUUUGACUUUAAAAAAUAAAUAAAAUGGGGUAGCUGGAUACUCUUUUUCUGAAAUGUUAAUUUUGAGGUACUUUUGUGUUUUUUGCCUAAGAAUCUGCCAAUUGAAAAAAAAGUGAAAACAGAUCUUAACUCCAUUUGAAGCUGUCUAAACUGCCUCAUUUGGUGUUCCUUUUUAAACAAUCAGUCAGUUGAGUUAUAACAUAUGUGGAGCCUUUAACUGUGCAAUAAUUUCUGUAUUUAUUGGAUUUUGUAUUUUGGCAUGUGCAGGUACAUUUUUGUUUAGGCAUUUGUUUCAAUCUUUCUCUCUCUCUCUUUUUUUUUAGAAACCCACGGUAUCCUGAGAGACAAAAAUUGGUUUUAAGUAAUUUUUCUUUGGCCGCUGCUUGUAGGAAAUUGUAUAUUUAAGCUAAAUGUGUGAUUUCUUGAAGAGAAGCAGAAUUCAAUCUUCAAUUUGAAAGUGGUGUUCCUGAGAAUGCUAGAAUUAGUCUAUUUUGUGUGAUGACGAUAUGCGAACAACAAUCCUUUGGCAUUGUAGCAUGAACUGACUCUAAAACAUGUUGAUAUAAUUGGAUAUGUAGCACUGAGUGUCAUAUUUGUCACUAAAUCUGAAAUCAAAUAAGAUCCCAAGGUUGAUAAAUGCUGUCUGCUCCUGAGAAGAUCGUGACCAGUCAGACAAAAUCAAUUCCGAAUUUGGCAGCUGACUGUAGUAGGAAACCCUGACAAUGCUACAACGACCAUCCGUCUGCUUUCCACUUUUAUCUUUAACCUUAUUACACCCUACAUUCAUAUUUUAUAGUUUGCAUGAAGCCAUAUGAUCUCAGCAUUAUUAUUUAACAAGAUUAAAUUGAACAUGAAGCCAUGUAAGAGGUGCAUGCAUAGAUAUGUGGAAGAACAAAACAGAACAUGAGCACAGGGACAUCUCAGGGUGCGCUUUACUGCUUUUUAUCCAUUCAUUUUGUUACAUAUAAACUAUUUAAAAAAAUUCCCAUGACAUCAUGGAUUGAAACAAAUACCAUUCCAUUCAUCCCAGC